AUGGAAGACGCCUUCGAUUUGGCUCAGAUCUCUCUUCGAUCCCUCCUUCUUUCCGACACCGACGAUUUCAUGGUCUGGGCCACCGAUGAACGAGUGGCCAAAUUCUGCAGCUGGGAACCCUACACAAGCAGAGACGCCGCCGUCGAUUUCAUACAAAACUUCACCAUAAAGUGCUUCUUGUUCCGGGAGAUUUGCGUCGGCGAUCACGCGAUCGGAUCGACUUCUGUUCGAACCAAGGCCGGGGAUGACGUGGCCAGAGCGAAAUCUGCAGAACUUGGGUAUGUUUUAGGGUCGAAGUAUUGGGGGAAAGGGAUCGCGCUGAAGGUGGUGAAGCAGAUGGUGGAAAUGGCGUUCGUUGAGUUGCCGGACCUGGAGAGGCUUGAAGCUCUGGUUGAUAUUGAGAAUGUGGCGUCUCAGAGAAUCCUAGAGAAGGCUAGGUUUCAGAGGGAAGGAAUUCUCAGGAAGUUCUUGUUCAUGAAAGGAAAAUCCAGAGAUAUGGUCAUGUUCAGUGUGAUUUCAGACGAAGCUCGAGCUUGAUUUGUUUGUUAUAUGUUCAUCUUCAUCAUCGUUCUUAGCUUGGCUUGAAGCCAUAGCGACUUCGAAUUCGGAUUUCGGAGUUCAAAGUCAAAUGGUCAGAGUUCGGACUCAGCAACUGAUUACUGAAGGCAGUAAACAUGUCAUUCUUUUGGUCUCU